GCGCUUGUAUGCAUGCUCGAUCGCGUCGAUCCGUCAGGACUCGCGCAUCACAGCGCAUGUUAAUUACAGUACACUACUAGUCCGGCAAGCAGUUAACCAGUGUCUUGAAGCGAGGUUGAGCGCGUGGGCAUCAUUCCAAGGCUUGGCGCCCAGCCAUGGCCAGCCAGCGGCUCAGCUCAAGGAGAUGCGGGGAUGAGUGCGCUAGUGCGAGCUGCGGAGCAGCGGGCACGUUUCGCCAGGCAGGAACAGCGCUCACGGUGGGGACGGCCGCCGGUGUUAAGGCCGCAUCGCGGGACGGAGCGGCGGACUGCGGCGCGAGACUCGGGGAGAUGAGACACGCAUCCUGGCUUGCGGCUUGCGGCUUGCGGCUCGCGGCUCGCGGCUCGCGGGGUGAUAGGGCGGGGGCAGCCAAGGCUCUGUCCAGCAGGUACUAUCGCGCCGAGACCACUAUCCCCCAUCAGGCCCAUCAACCAUCAACAACGCCUUCUUUCUUGCUCUUGUCCACUCUUUCAUUCGCACUCGCACUCGCAUUCGUUUCACUCUUCUCUUCUCCAUCGUCCUAGAACACUCACUUCGCAUUCGUCACGCCCUCGAGGCUACCAACACCGCCCAACCCCCGUCGGCUCGGCGCGGCGUCAUCACGUUCCCACUUCCUACUUCUACGAACCUCGUUCAGCCAGCUCCCCACUCUCCCUGUUUGCACCCUCCUCUUCGCGACCGCAGAUCUACGC